GGCAAGAACCAUACAGCCUCGCUGAUGCUGUCUGCAAAGUUAAGUAUAAGAUAGAUCUCCAGGCUAUCUUCAGUAUUUGCGUCACAAGGGAAGAAAUAUUCCACCGGGGACUGAAACAGUGGAAACGGCAAAAAAAAGCUACUCCAAUUAAUCCCCUCCGUGUUUCUUUCUUGGGAGAAGCGGGAAUUGACAAUGGUGCUCUAAGAAAGGAAUUUCUCACUGAAAUGAUGGCAGGAAUCGAGACGAACCUUUUCGAAGGAAGUAGUGCUGGAAAAACCCUGAAGUAUUCCAUAAUGGAUUAUCAAAAUGAUAAUUUUAAGAUAGCUGGUGAAGUAAUAGCUGUGAGUAUUGCACAGGACGGCCCACCCCCCAACUUCUUUCAUGAAUGGAGCUAUACAUUUAUCUCCAUGGGUGAAUUUGACAAAGACCAGCUGUCAGAGACGGAUGUGACAGACCCAGAGCUACUGGACCUCAUUAGCAAGGUUGAGACUUCAGACAAAGCAGCCUUGAUUGACCUUUUAGAAAGAAUUCUGGCAUGUGGCUACAUGGGACCUGUAACAUGUGACAAAAAGGCAUCAAUUGUAAGUGCUAUUGUUCUACACUCCCGUGUUCGUGUCCUGCCGAUGCUGCAGCAGAUAUGCACAGGACUUAAACUGUACGGUCUCCAUGACAUGAUUAAGCAGAACCCAGCCAUCUUUCAACCACUAUUUGUUCCUGGUCAUUUGGACAAACCAGACGCAGACUUCUUAGUGAUGGCUUUAUCUCCACUUCUGAGUGAGCCUGGAUCCCUGAAGCGGCACAAGGAAUUGAGGAUUGUUAAUUUCCUGCAAGACUUCAUACAGAGCAUGGAUGAUGAAGAAGAACCAACUGAUGCCCUUGAACAAGAGACGGCAGAGCAAGACCAAGCAGAGGGGAAAGGCGACAACCAAAACAGCUUCACUGUCUGCGGCAUGUUGCAGUGGUUGACUGGACAGGCACAUGUUCCCAUUACUGCAGCUGAGAGGGCGAAGUUCAAAAUUACUGUUGAAUUUGAGCAUGACUGUCAGACUCGCUAUGGCCAACAUGGUGUCUGUUACCCAGUUGUAAAUGCGUGUUCAAACAGCAUAAGAUUUCCUACCUUGCACAUAGGCACCUACCCAGAGUUUGUUCACAUCAUGAAACAAGCCUUAAUCAACAGUAAGGAGUUUGGUCGCUGUUGAGACUCUAUGUCUGUUACAUUCAGUAAUGAAAAAGAACAAACAGCCUAGUUCACAGCUCAAAAAGUGUACUACACUACAAAUACAAUAAAAAAUUUUAAUUGUUUUCUAUUUUGAGAAAAAAAACGCCACAAAACAAUACAUACUUGAUGUUUUCAUAGUGUUUAUUUAGUCAUUUAUGGAAUUCAGAAGAUAUUACUG